CGAGGAGUGGAGGCUGCUCACUCACGCUACUAUCUGUCUCAUAAAGGACAUGGACCAGCAACUUGGUGCUUCCAAAACUCAAGUUGCCUCGCUGACAAAUGCGGUAAAAUGUUAUUAAAAUAGAAACGUACAAAAAGUAAUUUAAACCAUGUAAUGGAAUUGCAUCACCCGUAUAAUACGGAUAGAAAUGUGCAAAAUGAUCGUCAGAGAUUUGGGAACGUAUAUUUUAGAGACGACCAUCGCCCUCUCUCCGUCGCAUCCCUAUGCAGAGAUCAGUCGGUGGCACGCACCGGAUCAGCGCCUUGUGACGCAUACCUGUCUGAUGGGACUCGUAUACACACGAUCUACCCGACAAACGUCUUCUUAUGCACGCAAUAUGUUGACGGGAGUGGUGCGUGCGCUCAUCUUCUGGUUUGGAAUCAUCUCAGCGAUCUCAGGAACAAAUUUGUGCUCAUCAGGAGGUGCAAGCACGUGUGCCGAGUGCCUCCUCCUCGGUCCCUUGUGUGGCUGGUGCAGCCAAGAGAACUUUUCUGAGGGAGAGCAUCAUGACAAGCGCUGUGACCUAGUCUCUAACCUCUUGGAGAAGGGCUGUAGCAAAAAGUAUAUUGAGUUCCCAAUGAACCAGCUGGAUAUCAUUAAAAACCAUCCCAUCAGUGGAAAGGUCGAUGGCAGCUCAUCUUCCAUUAUUCAGAUGUCUCCGCAGAAGAUAUCCCUACGUCUGCGGCCGGGCAGCAGGGAGACCUUCCAGGUGGAGGUGGAGCAGCUGGAGGGCUACCCCGUGGACCUCUACUACCUCAUGGACCUGUCGGCCUCCAUGUUCGACGACCUGCAGAACAUCAAGAGCCUGGGCACCACGCUCGCCACCAAGAUGGGGCAGCUUUCGCGCAACUUCCGCAUCGGCUUUGGCACCUUCGUGGACAAGCCUCUGUCUCCCUACAUCAAGACGCUGCCCAUAUACCAGGCCAACCCUUGCACCGGCUACAUCGAUUGCCUGCCAGUGUUCGGCUUCAACCACGUGCUUCCCCUCACCGGCGAGGCCACGGAGUUCAACGCCAAAGUGAAGGAGCAGCUCGUCUCCGGGAACAUCGACUCUCCGGAGGGGGGCUUUGACGCCAUCUUGCAGGUGGCCGUGUGCAAGGACAAGAUCGGCUGGAGGAGCGAGGCCAUGCACCUGCUGGUGUUUGUGUCGGACGCCGACUCGCACAUCGCCCUGGACGGGCGCCUCGCCGGCGUAGCCGUCCCCAACGACGGACUGUGCCACCUCGAUGAGAAAAACGCGUACACGCACUCCACUGACAUGGACUAUCCGUCUCUUGGGCAGCUCAUUGAAAAGCUCACCGACAACAACAUCCAGCUCAUCUUUGCUGUGACCGGCAAGUGGCUGGACCAGUAUGCGAACUACUCCUCUCUCAUCCCCGGGGCAACGUUCGGGCAGCUUAACAAAGACUCAACCAAUGUCCAAGACCUCAUAAUUAAAGCGUACAAGGGCCUACGCUCGGAGGUGGAGCUCGAGUGUGAAGGACAGCUCGAAGAGAUGAAGCUCUACUUCACCGCUCUAUGCCACGACGGCACCGUGCUGCCUGGCCAAAAGAAAUGCACCAACCUGCGCGAGGGUGACAAGGUUCGCUUCAACGUGUCGGUGGAGCUGACCUCGUGCCUGCCCGGCACGCACACGCUGCUACUGAAGCCCGUGGGCCUCCGGGACGUGCUGCAGCUCGAGGUGACGGCGCGGUGCGGCUGCCAGUGCGAGGCCGCACCGGAGAUUGCCAGCCCUCGCUGCACGGCGGGCAACGGCGACUACACGUGCGGUGUGUGCGCCUGCUCGCCGGGGCGGCUCGGCCCGCGAUGCGAGUGCGCCAGCGGCAGCGGCGGCGACGAGGGGGGACCCGGCGGAGGAGGAGGAGGAGACGGAGGAACGGGCGAGUCGGAGAGAGAGUGCCGGGCCGAGCCUGAGGCGCCCGCUUGCAGCGGGCGCGGCGACUGCUUCUGCGGGACCUGCCAGUGCCACGGUAGCGAGUUCGGCCGGAUCUACGGGCAGCAUUGCGAGUGCGACAACUUCUCCUGCGCUCACCACAACAGCAACAUCUGUGCAGGGCACGGGGAGUGCGAGUGCGGCGAGUGCCACUGCCACGAGGGCUGGGCGGGCGAGAGCUGCAACUGCUCCACGGGCACGGACGCGUGCAUCACGCCCUCGGGCCUGCUGUGCGGGGGCUGCGGGGAGUGCGUGUGCGGCCACUGUGUGUGCACCACGCUCGGCGCCUCCGGGGACAAAUGCGAGCGCUGCCCGUCCGACACGGACCCUUGCUCGGCCAAGAGGGACUGCGUCAAGUGCAUGCACUUUGAAACCGGGAGACUGAAUGAAACUUGCGGGCAGAUGUGCAAGUACAUGCUCAGUGUUGUGACCCAGCUGCCCGAUUCUGAAGAUGUGAAUCCCAAUGUGUGCACUUUCUCAAAUGAGAACAACUGCAGUGUGCAGUUCAUGUACAGCAAGGAUACUGCUAUCCACCCUACCCUCUAUGUGCUCAAAGAAAUGGACUGUCACAACCCCCCCUCCGUUAUGGGCAUCAUUGUGGGUGUCACCGUGGGGGUGGUGAUCAUUGGCUUCAUCGUCCUGCUCCUGUGGAAGAUGAUGGUGACCAUCCAUGACCGGCGAGAGUUUGCCAAGUUCCAGGAGGAUCGCUCGCACGCCCGCUGGGGAAUGAGCACUAACCCAUUGUACAGACCCACGACGUCCACCUUCCGCAACGUCAGCUACCGGGGGACGAAAAGCGACGACAAGUCGACAGUCGAGAUAAUGCGGCACGAUGAGACACUGGACGCGAAUGCGGUUCCCUGGAAGAUCCGCGGAUAAUGAAUCGGGACUCGUUUGUGGAGGGCAACAGACGAGUCGUGGUUUUGACUGAAACAGCACCUUGAAUGAGAGCGGACCCGAGUACUUAUUGCGAAUGAACUAACUGUAAUCAGACGGACCUCUUUUCCACUGACACAACCGAGCCAUGCCAGGGCCAUGCCGAGCAAGCCCGGCAUAGCUCAGGAGGCGCCAGUUUGUUAUUCCACUGCAGAAGCUGAGCCGUGCCGUGAUGUCAUACGCAUUGAACAUAUCAUUUAGGCCCAAUCCUGGCCCCGUUUGGUCCUAUGCAAGAUUCAGAUGUAUUUUGAGGCCGCCAUAUCACAAUUUGGGUUUGGCUGGACUUGAGAAAUAACCAGUGGGAAAAAAAAGCCCGUCUGUACCAUGAGGGCCUGGUCUCUCUCGUCUCGGGAUGUGCCACAGUGGAAAAGAGAUAACGACAGUGAAUAGUAGAGUGGAGCCAUAUUAGGGUUACGCUGAAAGUAAAAUUAGGAGGCAUAUCACCCCCAGGUCCCGUGCAAAGUGCACAGGUCAUGGCUAUAUUCCAACCUUCGCUCCACCAUCUCUCAUGCACUGGAAAGACUUUGCUGGAAAAGUCAAAGUGGUUCCAAUACCAAUUACACAAUGUUUAAGCAGAUUGUCUCACUGAGUACAAUGCAUGGUACUGUAGCUUGCUGCUUAGAAACGAAUAAGGCACUAAUAAUCCACAGCAUUUAAGCUGGAUGAAAACUGUAUUGUACAUAUCCUUUUUUAAGAACAAAAAAAUUCCUUUGAUUUUUAGCUUUAAGAAAAUUGUGCUGUACUACUGUAUUUCCAAAUGUAACUUAUUAAUUAUAUGUGGAUUUAAAAUUGCUGCUGGGAAUACCGCCGUGCACUUGUGUGUGUGUGUAUAUAUACUGUAUCGUGUGUUCGACUAACGCGAUUGGUGUUUUUGCGUGAGGGUUAAAAUCCUGCUCGACGCAGUGAUAGGAAUGUUGAUGUUUUCUAACAGUUCUAACCAGCACAUUUGUUGAAUAAAAUGGGUGAGGUACAUUUAAAUGGCACUAAAAAGCUUUUUUUUUUUUGGUCAUUGCCACUAAAGUUUAAAACUUGACAAUAAAAUAAUUUAAAAAAUGU